GUUUUUCCAGCUCUUUUUGAGGCUUUAUUUAAGCCCAGGCUGUUAGCAGAAGAGCUUCAGAACCAUUGCUGUAGUCUACAGUUGUCCAGGCUAAGGCACAAUGACAGGCAUCAUUCCCAAGAGCAAAACAAAAUGUGUUGAUUUCUGUGGAACGAGCUACUACUAUUAUAUAAUCCGCUCUGAUCUUGGCUGCUAUAUGCAGUCAAGUAACUUCAAUAAAGGUUUAGACCUCACUAUUUUGAGUCUGCACCCUUCCUGCCAAAAUGGAGAUCAUUACCUUGGUGAUGGGGGUGGCUACUUCUACAUCAUUAAGGGCAAGUCCUACCGCAGAGUCACCAACCUGACAACAGACAGCAGUGCUGCAGUUUACAGCCUUCAUCCCAACUGCCAGGGUGGAGACCACUACCUCUCAGCCUUUGGCAAGUUUUACAUCAUCUUCCAAGGAAAGGGCACUUACCGAAGAACAACAAACAUGAAUCAUGACUCAGAUGCUGUAGAAUACACCCUGCAUCCCAAUUGCAGAAAUGGUCUCUACUACUGGGGCUUGCCAAACCACUACUACUUCCUCAAGCCAGUCUCAGAGUGGGGAGUUGAAUACUACAAAGGUACCAACUUCAACAAAGAUGAGCGUGUUGCUGUCUAUUCUGUUCACCCAGAUGUUCUUAACUUCUUGCCUGGUGGGCUGUCAAUAACUAAAGGCCCAACAAAUGGCAUUUGGGAGAAUAUUAAAACUAUAAAUAAUGAAAGCAAUACUCCAAUGACAUGGCAAAAUAAAAUUAUUAAAAGGGUUGGAUACAAUAAGGAGAAGAUGUCCCAGAUCACGCACAACUGGAAGAUAGCCAUGUCAACCUCGGCUGAAUCUGUAGACCUCACAGGGUUAAUUGCGAAGUGCCAGUUCUCCUUUUCAACAGAAUAUGGAGGUUCACAUGUCAGCACUGAAAAUGAAAGCUGGAGCGAAGCGACUGAAGUGGAAGAAGUACUAACAUUUGAGCUGAAGCCAAAUGAGCGCUUGUACAUAUGGCAAUACAAACUGAAACUUGGUCAAGAACCAGUGUUGUUCUGCCGUGAUUUAAAGAUUGACGAUGAGCCUAAACCUCCAAGUGAAGUCCCACUGCCACCCGCAAAUACAUGAAAAAAAAAACAAAAAAACAAAUCAGGACAGUUUAACUCCAAGAAUAACAAUAUGCUUCAGUUAAAUUAAUUAAUUCUGACUUCUCAAGCAAUUUCUUAGAUAUCUACAAGCAUUGCUUAAAAUGUAGGCAGAGAGGAGACUUGUACUGUACUGUUUAAUACAACAGAGAGGUUUUUCAAUUACAGUGCAUGCAGAACUACAAAAUACAACACUAUCCAUUAUGGAAUUGAAACUUUGUCUUUAUGAUUAAAAGAAAAUGGCAAAAUCCUGCUUUAUACUGUGAAUCUCACACAUGCAAACUGCAGACAAAUCUUUCACAUUGUGGCUAUGCACAGUUAAUAGAAUAUAUAUAUAUAUAUAUAUAUAUAUAUAUAUAUAUAUAUAUAUAUA